AUGUUUAAUCAAAAGAAAACAGGACCUGCCAUCAGAUCAUUUUUCAAUGAGCAAGGGUUUAUAGACACACCAUUAAACUCUAGAAUAUUGCCACCAUCAACAAGGCAAAAUGAUAUUUAUGAAAAAGAAUUAAAAAUAGGAUUGCUUUCUUUGCAAGUACAAGAAUAUGCAAUUAUGGAAGAUUUAUUGUUUGUGAUGAUGGGUAUUGAUGGCAAGUACAUUAAAUCCAAUAGUGUGACGGAUAAUUUCACCGAUAAACCAAGUUUGACAUAUUCAGUAGAUUUAUCAUUAGAUCCAUCACUAAGAGAUUUGGCAGAGCGUAUUUUACCACUUGCAACUUAUUAUACUUCUAUUAAUGCAUUUAUUGAACUUCAUUCUAAAUUUGAAUAUGGAUUUGUAAGUCAUGCUCUGUGUGCUGCGAUGCGUGAAAUAUUAAAGGAAUACUUGAUACUGAUUAAUCAAUUAGAAUACCAAUUUCGAACAGAAUCAACAUUUACACUUCAAAAAUUUUGGUUUCAUGUACAUUCUACAUUAUAUACAAUGUCUAAUCUUCAUUCAUUGAUACUGGAAAUACAAGAUGCAGCUGAAGAUGCGAUGGAAGAGGAUACUGAUAUGAUGAUGGUUAAUGGAUUCACUAGGCUUAAUACAAUACCACAAAGAAUUAAAGGUGGUGGUAUUCUGACUAUAUUAGUUGAUAGAAUGACCACUAUGAGUGGAGAUCCAUCCGCUAAAAAACUUUAUCUGUACCUAUUAUCAAAAUCAUCGCAACCAUAUGUUACAAUGUUACAUUUAUGGAUACAUCAUGGCGAAAUACGUGAUCCAUACGAAGAAUAUAUGAUACAAGAACGUAAAAAUGUCAAAAAAGAAAAUCUUAAAGAUGAUUUUAAUGAUGCAUAUUGGGAAAUGAGAUAUACAAUUAGAGACACAGAAAUUCCACCAUUUCUAAUACCUUUCAAAUACAAGAUUCUUUUAGCAGGAAAGUAUCUUAAUGUGGUUCGAGAAUGUGGAAUUCCAAUAAUUCAAGAACAACAAAAACAAAAUUCUGAAGAUGAAGAUCCAAUUAAUGGUAAAAAAAAUGUUGAUAGAACUGAUGUCAAUGUUAACAAUGAUAUUUUGACCGCAAUGGACGGUGGAAGGUUUGUGGAAAAUAUAGAGACUGCGUAUAAGCGUGCAAAUCGUACCUUGCUUGAUUUAUUGUUGAAAGAUCAUCAACUGAUAGCACACCUAGCCGCAUUAGAACUAAAAAAACCAUCAACUCAAGUAUCACUUACAAAACUUCAAUCACUACUUGACCUGGUAAUUCAUAACCCAUCAUCAGCUGCUUACACUGAUCCAUUCAAGGAAGAUCUUAAAGUUGAUAUGAGCAGCGUUGGUCUGGUGGAUCAAUUAUUACGAAUCAUUAAUAUUGCUGGUACAAUAGAAACUAUUCCAACAACAUCAAAAGCAUCAAACCGCAUUUCAGAAACUUUUAUAGUUAGAAAGGACACUAAUAAAAUUGUUGAUGAGAGUGAGAAUGAAGGAUCAGAGGAUGGUGGUGGUAGUAGUAGUAGUGAAAAUCCAGGAGGGGGAGGAUACGCAGGUAGUGUAGCAGGUAGUUUGGCAGGUAGUAUGGCAGGUAGUAUAGUUGGAAGUAUGUUAGGUGGUAGUAGUGGUGGCAGUGGAGGAACAAAACAACUAUUAACAGGAAUUGAAGCACUUACAUUUGAUUACAUUGUACCAUUUCCAUUAUCGCUUGUAAUUUCACGUAAAUCACUUACCAAAUAUCAAUUAUUAUUCAGACAUUUAUUUUAUCUUAAGCAUGCAGAACAAUUAUUAUAUAACACGUGGAAAGAACAUACAAAAUCAUAUUAUUGGAAGCACGGAUCUGGACAUCCAAGCAUUGAAGGAUGGAAAGGACAGUUGUAUGCUCUUAGACAAAAGAUGAUAGUAUUCGUCCAACAAUUCAUCUAUUAUGUAACUAGUGAAGCAUCAACAGUAGAUCAAGUAUUAAAAUAUCAUUCGGAUUUUUUAGAUACAUGCCUUAAAGAAUGUAUGCUAACUAAUGCCAAGUUGUUAAGAGUAGAGAAGUUUACAAAAUCACUCGUGUCACUUGAAACACAAGUUGAAUCUAUGACAACAAUAAUACAAAUGGAUUAUCAGGAUAGAACACUUCGUAAAUUCGAAGAACAUUUUGUCUAUCAUAUAAAAUUGCUGAUAGAAGCGUUGAAUUUUUAUUCAGCUACUGAAACUGUACAAUUUCUUUGUUUAGUAGUGAGACUUGCAACUAAAAUAUUUAAAAAUAAUAACCUGAACAGCAAAAACCUAUUCAGGAAUAAAGUUAAAGAAUUAGUUAUAGAACAAAAACCUAAAUUAGAAAAUUAUUUAACUGAGCAAAAACAAAGUGAUAGUCCAAACUCUAAAAUUAGAAGUGAAAUUCAACAAAUCAAAUUAAGCUAA